UUCCAGUCUAGUCAGGGAUGUCCACCUCUUUUGGCUUGGAGCGUGAGGCGCGGCAUCGCGAGCCUCGGGUGUCACCAGCCGUAGAGUGAGUGGGGUUUGGGAACCGCGCUUUCCUCCCUCCCCGGUGAAACCGAUUUCCCACCCCCUGGCAGAAGGAGGGUACAGUCUGAGCGCGGGUCCCGGGGCAGCGGGCUGGGCCCGGGAAGGUCGAGUUUGACCGUAGCGACUGGCCCCUCAAGGACCCGCCCCCACUGGGCGGAGCCAGGCAGGACCAGCACGUGUAAAAAGUUCGGCGCGGGUCGCCGCAGGCCACUCACCUGAGCGUCCGGCCGCCGCGCGGGUUACCUGGACCUCCUGCACCCUCCGCCCCAUGUCCCGCCGCAAGGCAGGCCGCGUGCCACGCCGAGUAGACCCGGAGCCCGACGACGAAGACAUGGAGACGCCCGACCUCGUCAUUGAUGUGCAGCCGGAGCACGACGCGGGGACCGUGGCGCUGGGGCCCUGGUCUCCGAGGGACUUAUCCAUGCGGGGGCUCGUCGGUGCGGAGCGUCGCCUCGACACCGCCCCGCGCCCCCUCGGCGAGCACAGCACGUGUGCCCCGCGGAUGCCGCUGACCUCUAAGCCUUCCGACCGCCAGCCCUGGACCAACAAGCACCCAGAUCUGUUGACCUGCGGGCGCUGCCUACAGACCUUCCCAUUAGAGGCCAUUGUAGCAUUCAUGGAUCACAAAAAACUGGGCUGUCAGCUCCUCCAGGGCUCGGGCCCCAUUUCUGAAUCCAAGGAGCUGAAUGUCCUGAGCUGCUUCCGAUGUGGCAGGCAGUUCACCGGUGCUUGGAAGUUGCUGCGCCAUGUCCAGUGGGACCACGGACUAUACAUCUACCAGACGGAUUUGGAGACCCCCGAGGCUCCGUUGCUGGGCCUGGCUGAGGUUGCUGCGGCUAUGUCAGCAGUUGCAGUGGUGGAGCCGGUUAAGGACAAGCCCCUCCCAGUGAGCAGUGCUGCCCGGAAGAGCCCCACCUGCCCGGUGUGCAAGAAGACCCUCAGCUCUUUAAGCAACCUCAAGGUCCACAUGCGCUCCCACACUGGUGAGCGACCCUACGCCUGUGACCAGUGCUCCUAUGCCUGCACUCAGAGCAGCAAGCUCAACAGACACAAGAAGACCCACCGGCAGCCAACAGCUAGGAGUCCCUGUACCCCUGACAGCAGCAGGGGGGUCUCCCCGGCAGCUCCUCCUGAACCGGCUGCCCAUGCAGCUGCUCCAGCUAGCACACAUCCAUGCCAGACCGUGGAGAAGGCUGGAGCUGCGGCCACAGCGGGGGCCCAGGAACCUGGGGCUCCUGGUGGUGGGGCCCAAGCAGGUCUGGAUGACAUAGGCUGGGGAGCCAUUACCAAAGUAGAGAGGACUGACUCUGUGAAGAGCGAGAACACGACACCCAGGAAGGCGAGCAAGAGCCGCGGGGCCGGGGGCAGCUGUGAGUUCUGUGGGAAGCACUUCACCAACAGCAGCAACCUGACAGUGCACCGGCGCUCACACACUGGCGAGCGGCCCUACGCCUGUAACCAGUGUCCUUAUGCCUGCGCCCAGAGCAGCAAGCUCAACCGCCAUCGCCGCACACAUGGUCUAGGUCCGGGCAGCACCCUCUAUAAGUGCCCCCACUGCUGUGUGCCCUUUGGCCUACAGGCCACACUGGACAAGCACCUGCGGCAGAAGCACCCCACGAUGGCCUGAGCAGUUUUGUACAGUUCUGCUGUCACCUUCCCAUUGUGUGAAUAAA